UCUUCGCAGCAACAACCACAACUCAAAGCAAAGCUAUCAGCUAUCAAAUAGACAAUAGACAACAUUUAGUGCCCACAACAACAACCCGUACAAAAUGAAAAUCGCAUUUUUAGCUGGACUCAUCUGCGCUUUGUGCUUGCUCAACGUCUCAAAAGCUGCACCCACUGAUGGAGAUAGCGAAACGGUUAAUGCUUUCAAUGCACAAUUGGCAGCCGAAAAUCCCGAAACUUUAUUGACUUUAAAUCGCCAGAAGCGUUUUACUUGCGAUGUGCUCAAGAGUGAGGCGGCCUGCGCAAGUCAUUGCGUGGUUCUCGGUAGAUGGAAAGGCGGUUACUGUCGUAGAGGAACAUGUAUCUGUCGUCAAUGAAGUGAAUAAAUAUUUUAUAGACAUAUUGCUUACAUUUAUUUGACUUAAUCAUUGUAAUCAAACAAAUAUAUAUCUUAUGAAUGUAAUUAUUAAAUAUUAUUAAUCCAAAUAAAGCAUUAAAUUGG